GAACAUACGGUCCGAAAACCCGCUGCCGCAUUCGCCGACGAUGAUUUGGAACAGAGGGCAGCGAAACCGACUCUUAGUUGGCUUCCGCCAUCCGCAACGUCCUCACAGAAACCUCUUCCUCCACCACCGGAGGAACCACACGUUUCUCGGCUGUCGACUGCUGAAAAGAAGGCUGUGAUUAAGCGUAUAAUAGAGCAGAUUCCAACAGCCAAGGAGGACCUGUUUGCGUAUCCCAUUGACUGGGCCAUCGUGGACUCGGAGUUUGUUAAUACCCGCAUAAGGCCAUGGGUCGAUAAGAAGAUUGUGGCAUACAUUGGCGAGUCGGAAGCCACCCUGUCCAACUUUAUAUGUGAGCAAGUCCUGGAGCACAACCCACCUACAAAAAUCCUUACCGAAAUUGCUAUGGUCCUCGACGAAGAGGCUGAAGUAUUUGUAGUAAAGAUGUGGCGUCUUCUUAUAUACGUGAUCGCAGAGAAAAAACUUGGAUUAAGCGUUUGA